AUACCACCACAAGCUGUUGCAAUGUGUGUUGGUGUGAAAGUGGAUGUUCACUUACGAGAAACCCUUCGCAGACAGAUGGAUGAAUGUCUCAUGGCACUAGAAAAACAAGAUUAGGCCCAGAAGUUUCAUUCCACUGUUUGCACACCCUCUCACCUAUGUGCUCCUGCUCUCCAUGAUUAGCCAACCUCGCAUCCAAUCAAAUCAGUCCUAUGCAUAGCCACUUUGCAUACAGAGCCAUUUCCUUGCUUUGGCAGUCAACCUCCCUUUGAGCUGUGUGGACUGCAUCUGGUACUGAACCCUACAGUAGUCUACUCCUGGAUGUAUAAACAGCCUUCCCUAUUCCUCCUAGUACUACCACCACCCUCUCCGCUGUAGGGUCUGUACCCAGGCUAAGAUGCGUCCGUUGCGGGUCUACCUGCUGGCCCUCCUCCUGUUGGCAGGGAUCUGGCUGUCUGGUGCCAGUGUAUCCGACAGCUUUAAAGACUGCAGACAGUUUUUCUACAUGAGGGCAGCACCGACGGGCAUUGACGGGACCAGGGACAGCCUCAAGAGGAUCUGCCAGCGCUACGGGGACAAGGCGCGCUACGCCACCCUGUACGACGGCAGCCGUCGCCUGCCCCUCUACUCAGCCUACACCUUUAAGAAGAACGACGGGAAGAAGAGGAUGGACACGCCCUGGAUGUACGAGCCACAGGUAGAGAUCUGUUAUCGUGUCACAACAUCACAGCAGGUAGAGAGAGAUCUUCAACAGCAACUUACUGUGAUACUCUCAUGCAAUACCGCAGUAUUUUCCUAUAACGGUCCCAUCUUAAAGACUUACCGGCCAAUGCAUUGGGUGUCCUGUCUUUGUCAUGAGGGCUUCCUUUUUCUCCACCUAAACAAAUGA